CUUUAUUAAUAAUUAGCAUAUCCUUAUAAUAUAAUUAUAACUUCUUAUAAAGUAUAUAUUUAUAACCAAGAAACAUGUUAGCAAAAUCCACUAAAGAUAUGAUCAAUUCUAUUUUGUGCUUAUUAAUCAACUGCAAUGUUUUACAAGGUUGCAGAAUCAAAACGUUCUUCAAUGGUAGCUUUGAAAAAAGAGAGAUAAAUGACAAUGUUUUACUCUUCAUUUCUGAACAUAAAGUUGGAUCCAUGAAUAAGGAUCACAUUACCUUCAAAAAUUGCAAUGGAACACUAGAUCUUUAUUCUCAGAUGGAUGAUGGAUUUCGUUUUAACAAUUCUUUGAUUGUACUUUUAAAUACCAGAGAUAUUGGUGGAGGUACUACGAAUAGAAAGUAUAGACUUAACAACAAAGGAACUAACAAAACUAUAAAAGGACGGCGUAUAGGCAACGAUCAAAAUAAUAUUAUAUUACAUUGGCUUAACUAUUAGAAAAUUUAUUUCUUUAGCCAAAAAAGAAAAAAAAAUCUACAUUUUAUCAAAAUUUAAUUUAUCCGUGCUUUAAAAAACCUAAUCAAAAUUAUAACAUAAUCUUUAUAUAUAUAUAUUUUUUAAAGGGGGAUUGGAAAUUUAUUCUAAAAAAAUUGAUUUAAAUUAUUGUCACUUUAUCAUCAUAAAUAAAUAUAGAAUAAUGAUUAUAUUUCAGUAUAAACUGUUGCUAUACUAUUUCAUUUAUCUCCUUCUCCAUUCCUUGUUUAAA